AUGACAUUCUUUCUGUUUUGUCCGUAUUUUAACUUAAUUUUACGGCCAUGUGUGGUAAUAAAUACGUAUUUAAUCAAAGUUCUAGUGAUGCUAUCCACCACUGCAAAUAGUAAAUUAAAAAAUCCAAAGGGUUCGGAGAACUCCGAGGCCCAAGAGCGGGACGAAAUAGGACAAGAAAACACAACGGAUGAUAAGGUCAGAGGUUAUGUUAGUCCAUACGAUACAUCAUCGUCGUUCGGAGGCCCUUCCAGAGAUGGCCGGAUCCGAUUCCGAGGACGGGUUACCGAGUUCCGGCAUUCCCGAGGGGGUGGUCGUGGCGGCAGGGGCCGAGGAGGAUUCCCGCCCAGAGGUGAUCGUGAUCCUCUCGACGGUUCCUAUAAAUACAACGAAUCGUUAGGCCAGUCGAACAGUGACUCUUGGUCCCAGGGAAACAGUAACAAAUAUUAUGAGAGAUCGGAACUGGUAAUGAAUCUUCCUGAAGAUCCACGCAUAUCUAAACUGUUGCGCCGCCUUUGCGCUGAAGUGGACGUUGAGAAGUCUCUUGUAAUAUGUAGUAAAUUGCAGGAUGCUAUAAUGUUACCAGAAAAUGCUCGAUACAUAAGAAGAGCUUAUGAAAUCUUAGUGGAGUCCUUAUUGGAUGUAUUCUAUGAUGCUCCUGGUCCUGAAACAAAAGAGGGAGCUGCAGUUGUUCUCGGCAGAAUCGGCUAUGUUAUGGGCCCAGAUUUUAAGAAACAUCUUGACUGGUUUGUAUCUACAUAUGCAGUACAUAACAUCUCUGUAAAACAUUUGUUGACACUCUCCUUCUCGGAGACAUUUCAGUUGGAUUAUGAGACCCUUAAUUUGUCUGAUUUUGCAGACUUAACAUUGAAUAAACUACAGACUAUCAUUGAAGGCACAGACUCAGCGGAUGUGUUCAUUGCUGCUAUAAAUGUAAUGAUUAUGAUGUCAAAUUCUUAUCCAGAGCAUUUUGCUAAUCAUUUUGUUGACAUUGUUGACAUUCUAGUGGGCUGGCAUGUGGACAAUGCUCAGCCAAGGAAAAUAAAAGAUUUUGCUCUCCAGUCACUCCUGAAACUGAGCCGGCAUUGGCAGGCAGAUGUUGGGUUUUCAGUCAACAUGCUUUAUCAAUUUGUCGAAGACAUGGUGGCAUAUUCAACAGCUCUAGAUUCUGAUAAAAGUGACGAUGAUGCUGAAAUGGCAUCCCAAGAUGACUCCCUGCAAAAAAUUACAUCAUUUCUGAAUGUCUUCAAUACUGUUGUGAAGAGUUUGGGUACUCUUCUUAGUCCAAAUAUUUCACAAACAGCUACAUGGUCAUUUCUAACUGAAUCAUUUACAAAAAUUCUACAAGUGUUGACAAAAAUUCUCAAUGAAGAGGCCGAUUCGGACAUAAUAUUGUCAGGUAAUGAAUGCAUUAUUUUGUUACUUAAACUUUUACAAACAAAAACUUCUUGUUACACCCCUGCCCUGUACACAUUGAUCUACAUGGAAAUGACAAAAUUCCUGCAAGGUGAUGAAAGUGUUUGUCUUAGUGUUGUAAAUUUAAUAUCAAAUACUAUAAGAGAGAUUGCAUCAAACCUACCAAUCAAAUUUAUUAUGCAGACAAUAGGCCCUGAAUCACUUUUACGUCCUUUGCGUUAUUCAGAAAGCUCUCAAAUACUGCAUGGUGUUCUCUCAGUAUAUAGCAAUCUUUUGAAUUUGAAGAAUAUUCCACUUUUGCAAGAAACAUACAAGUUUGUUUUGAUGGACAUUCAGAAUUCCUACUCUAUUAUUAUACCAGAUAUACAAAUAGUAAAGCCUGAGUAUGUUGAAGAAGUUACAAUGGAAGAUGCUGAAAAAAAUGUGAUAUUUUACCUACAAUGUUUAUCAGAGCUUGCAAAUGCAAGUAAUUCUAUAAUUGGAAUGUGGGCUCUACAGCCUAGUAUACUAGAAUUGCUAGCUAUUAAAAUGUGUCCCCAUAACAAAAUCUUGAUGAGGCAAAAACCUGCACUCCAGUAUUCUGUAUUGUACUUACUUUACUCUCACUGCAAGAAAAAUAACCACUUCAUUGCUUCUAGUGAUUUGGUGACAAACACACAGCAAAGGACUGGGGAUAUAUUUGGACUGUCUAAUCUUAAUUUGGGGGAAGUAUCAGGCUCAAGUCCUACAUCGGGACACCUUGCUGUAAUAUUGAACACAUUAAGUGUGAUAUUAGAUGAAGAGGUUCCCAAAGAAACUUUACUGUUGGUAUUAAACUGGAUAUCGGAUAUAUUUGUUCAACUGGACAAAUAUCUACCAAAUGUGAGCAUAGCAAAAGGAUUUGUUGUACUAAUAACAAAUAUGCUAUCCCUGGCAUACAACUUUGAUGAUGAUAUUGUUUUGUUGGUUAUGAAGAACUGCCAACAUUUAUUGAAAAAUAAAUCUCUAUCAUGGAAUCUCAUAGUGGUGAAGACCAUAGUUACACUCUGUAUGUUACAUAUUGAUAAUCAAAACAAAGCUUUAUCGAAUGUAUCAAAAGAGGUGUUAUUUGAAUUACCAUGGGACAUAGUGCAGCAGGAAUUAGACAAACAGGUUGUGAAAGUGUUUGUUAGCAGGAAAUUGAUUCUGAAUAUAUUAAAUAAUGACACAAAAGCUAAUUCCUUCAAGGAGUACCUCAUGAAUGGAUCAUUCUCAAUGCUAUCCAAUCAACACUUCAAAGCUAUCAUGAAUAGUAUAUUACAAGUAUCUUUUGAGAAUAACAGUUUUUUUGUUGAUGUCUUCCUGGCAACAUGGCCAUUGCAAAGUCAUGAUGUUGAUGAGAAUAAUCUUCUAUUUUUUAGACAGUGUGCUACAUCUUUUUCGUCUAUAUGUAUUGGUUGGGCUUUAUCGGAAUUAGCUCAGACUUGUGUCUCUUUGAAGCUGAGAACUAUAUUAGGUAAACCCCAAGAAACAUUUAUGAAAAUUGAAGGGGUCUUGAAAAGUAUAGCUAGAGAUAUAUCGUCAUUGGAAACAAAAUAUACAGUCACUAACCAGCAACAAUUAGUAGACAUUGUUGCUGCAGAAGAAACCAGAUCACGUCUCAUUACUGAUUUCAUGACGUUUUUAGAAAAGUACAUUUACAAUGCUGCUGAAGGAACUGCAAUAGUAUUGCCAGCUGUACAAAAACCAGUCAGAACAUUUUUCCAUACUAACUGGUCUACUUGCCGUGAAUGGCUUACCAGAGUACGGCCUGCGGCACUCGCUGUAAGUCUUUAUGCUGGAAAUUUUGGUGCGGCCAUAUACCAUGCAUCACUUAUAUUACAGACUGCUGCGAAGUCUAAUACAAAUAUUGACAUAGAAGCAAUUACAAUGAGUGUAGCAAGAGCUUUAAUAAAAAUUGAAGAACCUGAAGUUUUACAUGGUCUCUACAUUUGGGUAAAGCAAACAUUUGAUAAAAAAAUUCCUUGGUUAAAAGGAGCUGCAGAGCAAGCUAAUGCUAAAUAUGAAUCGGCAGUUGAGUAUUACAAAAAACUUAACACCAAUAUCGCAUGUGACAAUGAAACAGAAGGAGAAGAAAAUUCUCAGAUAGAUACAAGAGUUUCCAGAUUCAUAGAUGAACAGGUUAUGGACAGUUACAAACAAAUACAAAGCUGGGAGGAUAUGCAAAAAUGGAAAGAGAGUCAACAAAAGCAUGCACAGAAUUCUCAGUGGAAUUCAUUUUCAGUAUUGAGCAUGUUUGACGAGGGUAGUGAAUUAUCUCAGAAUUUAAGCAACUGGGACAUACUUGAUACUGAUGCUACUGAUAUUUCAAAGAACACUUGUUCCUAUCAAGGUUUGCUAAACAAAAUUGAAUCUACAUUAGUAUGUACUGCUGUUAACAUUUGCUAUUCUGACUAUUCUAAUAAAUACGAAAAAUUAUUAAAAGACUGUGAAUUACUCCUUAAUGCAAGCAUGGAAGAAUUUUCAAGAACUAAUACUAUACAUUUUCUAAAAGAAAUUGCGGUAUUACAAUUAGCAAAUAAGGGAUUGAAGAAUGUUAUAACAAAUGGAAAAGCAAUAUCCAAUCCAUUUAAACCAUCUGUUAUUAAGGAGAAUAAGUAUGUCACUGAACUCAGGAAUCUUAGCAGAAUCUUGUGGUGGAAUCAAUAUUUUACGAAAUUAAAUAUGACUGAUGAGAAUAUUUUCUAUUCUGAAUGUCUUCGACUGGAUGUCGUAAAAAGUGCGAGGAAAAACUCUAACUUGAUCAUGGCUAAAAGAGAACUUUUAAAGUAUUUUAAACAGAACUCUGCUUUCCAAAUUUGUCUAGGAAAUAUAAAUAACUUGGCUGAAUUAGGUGACGUUUUGCUAAUGUCAACUAAUACCUACGACUUAGAUAUUUGGACGUUAAAUAAUACAACGGCGUUGGUGGAACUCUGCAAAAUCACGUAUGCGAAAGAAGAUACUAAAACAAGGGCUAUAAAUUUGUGUGCCAGCAUCUCUCUAGGAUUUUCCCAAAGGCUUGCAAUGGGUGAACAAAAUUAUGAACUCAGAGAAAAAGGUACUAGAAUGUUAUUAACUCUUUCCAAAUGGGUGCAAAAUGAUAGUGACAACAUUUUAGAAGUUGAUUCGCCUUUAUUGAAACUAGUGUCUGCACUGCCUGAAAUUGGUUUAGUCGAUAACAACAUAUCAGAAAAUGUUAUACCUGUGUCAGAUUCUGCUGUAGGAAAGUUAUUACAGUUUGGAGUUAAUCAGUGUCCUGGUCUGGCAAAGGCUUGGGCAAACUUUGCAGGUUGGUGUUUUAGAUGGGGUCGGAAAAUGGUUGAAUUUAGUUCUAAGACCGGGGAACAGUUAACAGAAAAUGAUAAAUUACAAAUAGAGAGUGUAAUGAUUGGUUGCUCUCCUCAAGAUUUUGAUGCAGUUUGUGAAAUAUUGUCUAAAACAAAGGCCACAUGUGACGAUGAAGAUAUUGAUUGGAAUGAGAUUAACACAUCUGAGAUGAUAGAAAGUCAGUUACGUACUGUUCCAUCUUUGAGUAAAGCUUUUCCUGAACACCUCGCUUUACUGGUGGACAUUUGGCGUCAAGCACAGAAAAGAGUCUUUUCCUAUUUUGAAUUAUCAGCUGACGCAUAUUUUAAAUUCUUACAACUUAUUUGUGCCGCGGACUAUAUUAAUCAUAGUGGCGAAAACGCUGUUGUCAAUGCUACAUUACGAUUAUUGCGUUUGAUUGUAAAGCACGCUAUGGAAUUACAAACUGUUCUCGAAUCUGGCUUAGCUAAUACACCGACGCAGCCUUGGAAAGUCAUCAUUCCACAACUCUUUUCGAGACUUAAUCAUCCUGAAACAUAUGUAAGGAAAUGCGUUUCCGAUCUAUUGUGCAGGCUUGCUGAAGAUACUCCACACCUAAUCACAUUUCCAGCCGUUGUGGGCGCGGUGGAAAAUGAACAGAAUAGUAUAACAGAACUGAAUACUAGAUCUUUCUUGUCUAAUGAUUCAAACAGUGGAGAAGACAAUUGUGAUUUGGAAGAUGCUGCAAGUGACAAAGUAGUCAAUAACGAACUAAACUCUUGUUUCUUAGACAUGGUGGAAACGCUGUCUAAACAAGCUCCAAAAACUAUCCUACAAGUUAAAUUAUUGGUAAAGGAGCUACAGAGAAUUAAUUUACUGUGGGAUGAAUUAUGCUUGGGUACUUUGGCACAACAUCAUUCUGAUUUUAGUAAACGACUGUCACAACUAGAAGCCGAAGUCAUUAAAGUGAAGAAUAAUGAAAACCUCUCCUCAGAAGAUAAAGAAAAACUAAUUCAAGAAAAACAUCGCAUAAUAUUCGAACCCAUAGUCUUCGUAUUAGAAAAUUUGAAUCAGAUUAUCUCUGCAAAACCUGAAACGCCUCAUGAAACUGCGUUCCAGAAUAAAUUCCAGAGUAUUAUGAAAGACGUCAUUGAUAAAUUAAAACAUCCUGUUAAUCCUGAGAAACCUCAAGAGUCUUGGGCUCCGCUUAAGCAACUUCAGAUAACACUGCAGCAGAAGGUAAAUAAAAGGACUUCGUAUAUUUUGAAAAUGUCCGAUAUAAGCCCAAUUUUAGCAGAAUUGAAAAAUACAGUUAUAACUAUGCCAGGAGUACAUACCAACCAAAGAACUGUCAGAGUUACUAUAAAAUCAAUAGAAAAUAACGUGUCUAUUUUACCAACAAAAACGAGACCGAAAAAAUUAAUAUUCUAUGGUUCCGACGGCAAGGCUUACACUUAUCUUUUCAAAGGUUUGGAAGAUUUACACUUGGAUGAGAGAAUAAUGCAACUAUUAUCAAUAACAAAUACAAUGAUGGCGCGUGAUUCUGAGAGUAAUGACAAUCAAACAUACAGAGCGCGUCACUAUUCGGUAAUACCGUUAGGGCCUCGUUCUGGGCUCAUCAGCUGGGUGGACAACGUAACUCCACUCUUCGCUUUAUAUAAGCGGUGGCAGAACCGUGAAGCUGCAAUUUUAUCUGCUAAAACGAACAAAACCGUCAAUGUGUUACGACCAUCCGAGCUGUUUUAUAAUAAACUUAAUCCACUUCUCAAAGAGGCUGGCGUAUCGACUGAGAACAGAAAGGAGUGGCCUGUAUCGAUAUUGAAACAAGUACUACAGGAGUUAUCUGCAGAGACCCCUCGGGAUCUUUUAUGGAGGGAACUGUGGUGCGGGAGUGUGACCUCUGAGCAGUGGUGGCAGAUGGUGCGGCGUUACAGUUACUCUGUCGCGGUGAUGAGCACAAUCGGUUAUAUUAUAGGCCUUGGCGAUAGGCACUUGGACAAUGUUCUUGUUGACCUCACAUCCGGUGAACUAGUGCAUAUAGACUAUAACGUGUGCUUCGAGAAAGGCAAGACUCUUCGCGUACCAGAGAAGGUGCCGUUCAGGAUGACUCCGAACUUGGUGACGGCUCUUGGUGUGACCGGCGUUGAGGGUAUAUUCCGGUUGGCCUGCGAACAUGUGCUGCGUACGAUGCGCAGAGGCCGAGAAACAUUGCUGACGUUACUGGAAGCCUUCGUGUACGAUCCCCUGGUGGAGUGGGGAGCGGCGGGGGUGAGCUCCGGAUCCAGUGGGGUGAAACGCAGGCGCACGCAACGCGAUAUACGUGCCGCUGUUGAUAUGCUGGCUGUACGCGCGCAAGAACUCAAACAUCAAAUUGCAGAGUUGAACUCGCAAUUUUUGGCCAUACUCCCAGAGGUGAAAGAAAGUGCCGAGAAUUGGCUGAAGGAGCACGACGAACUCGAAUCACUGGAAACUAAGUUGCAGGAAUGUCACCAACAGAUUGCAUUAAUCAAAGAGAUAGAGGCCUGCGGACCAAACUUAAGUAAUCAUCCACUAUAUGCCAUCUCUCAGAAAUAUACCUCGUACAAAAAAGCUAAAAAUGCCGUCGAAGAUUCGAUGAAAGCUCUCGUGAAAAUACUCAAAGAUUUCGAUACUCAAAUAGAAAUAUUCGCUAAGACCAAUGAAGCGAUAAACGGGCCGCAAUUGAUGAUAUGGGUUCAAGAAUUUUCUGGUACCAAUGAAGAUGACGAUAAACCGAUAUUUGACCACAUCAAAGAAUUCUUGGCAAAUGCUGGUCAAAGUUCCAUGAUUUCACAAUGUGAACAAGCCGAAAUCGAACUUAACCAGAGCAUUGACCAAACGAAUCACCUCGUCAGAUCCUGCCUAGAACUUCUGUCACAAUACGUCGCAGUUUCACAGUACUACCCUAAAAGCCAAACGGAAUACCACCGAGUAGUAAUGUUCAGAAAGUUUUUGGCCACAGCUUUAGAAAGCAAAUCGCCUGAAGUUUGCAGGGAGGUUUCCAAACAAGUCAAUGAAUUACUAGAGGACUCUAAUAACACAGACGCUACACAAAUCUCCGCUUAUAAUUACCGCCUGCAAACGAUAUAUGAUGAAGCUAAUGAAAACCUUAAAAAAGCAAUAGAGAUCUUGCAACUAGAGGGUGGACCUGAUGCACUUGUAUUAGCACAAGAAGCUUAUAUGGAAGCGAAAAACAAUAUCAGUAACUGGGUAAGAACUGAAGAUGGAUCCGCCACUGCAUUAGAGUGUGUGGUUAUUGGCAUGUUGUGCAAUUUGAACAGAAGGUAUUUGAUGUUAGAAAAUGGAGCACAAAGUGCGGGAGACUGCCUUGUUGAUUUGACUUCCAGAGAGGGAGAGUGGUUUCUGGAUGACAUGAGUGCACUUUCGAUGCAAUCAGUGGAGCUGCUUUCGUUACUGCCGUUACAGUCAGCGUCCGCCGAGGAUACUUCUUUGCCGAUUGCCGUGGAAUGUGUUCGCAACGCUAACCUUCUGCUAGCAGACUUGGUACAACUGAAUUAUAACUUCAGCACUAUUAUUUUACCUGAAGCACUGAAAAAGGUGCACUCCGAAGAACCGUCGGCACUGUUAAUGAUUAAUGAACUUAAAACAGUAAUAAUGAACACUCCUGUUUCUCUAAAUGAUUUACUAGCAGAAUUGGAGAUGCAUUUAAGAUAUCUCGUAAUGGAUAUGGAGUCUCCAGCUAGUAUGGCUCAAGUGGUGGCUGCAGAGCUUCGUUCUCGCUAUGAGCUCCUACUCUCCGCGACCACUCCUGACGGCGAUGGCCAGUCUGCGGGCCGCAUGUUGCUGAUGGGUUUCAAUGGACUUUUCGCGGCUGUUGAAUUAAGGGCAAGAGAAUUGGCCGAUCACAUCGCAGUGCCAACUCCACCAGCUUGGAGGAAGAUAGAUCAUAUAAAUGAAGCCAUGCAUAUGUCGGCUGCUCUUCAAAGUCCAGUGAUCCGUUCAGUCCUGGAAGACAUAUUUCUGGUGCGGCGCAUCCAAAUAAUCGACGAGGUUUUCACAAUGUGCCGCAACAUGGCGCUAGCGUUCAAUGGUGUCGGUGCGCGUACGCUGAGCGACGACGCCGCACUGUGCAAACCUGUAAAAAGGUUCACCGCGGAAUACGUGCUGCGGUGCGUGGUGGGCGUGCAUUCGAAGGCGCUCGCGUGCGUACUGUGCGGCCUGCUGCGACGGGCUCGACUCGAUCUGCACGCAGAGGUCGAACAGAAGGAGAUCGGUGCGUCGUGGAGCGUGUCGCUGGAGUCGCUGUGCGAGAAGGCGCGGUCGUCGCGGCUGCGGGCCGGGCUGCGGGCCGAGCGCGUGGAGCGCGGCGCCGCCCUGGCCGCCGCCCUGCAGGCCGCGCGCGCCCGCCUCGAGCGCGCCGCACGCGCCGCCAGGGGCCACGCGCGCGCCGCCGCCGCCGCGCACACCGCCCGCCACCGCGCCGCCGCGCACGCGCUGCUGCACGCGCAGGUGACGUACCGCGGGAGGCGAGCGCGGGUGACGUGCCUGGGGAGGCGAGCGCGCGGGUGA